AGUUUACUUUGACCUGUCAGGAUAUGAAGCGACAAAUGCAGCGCAGCCUAGUCUGCCCAGCGUUCACUGCCCGUUACCCGCGGAUUUCCAUAAAACAAUUCCACACGUUCCUUCCUACCGAUCCCAUGCCCCUUCUUUGGUGAACUCUCCAAAUAUGAGGUGGUUUGUAUCCUGCAACAUGGUGUAGCUCAGUCUCCAGUGAAGCAGAAGCGGCCCACUUGCACUGAGUCAGGAUGUCCAGCAGCUCUGGCUAUCCCCCUAGCCAGGGGAGCUUCAGCAGCGAGCAGAGCCGCUACCCAUCCCAUUCUGUCCAGUACACAUUCAGCGGCACGCGGCACCAACAAGAUUUUUCCGUCCCAGAUUAUCGUACUCACAUGCAAGAUCCGCAGGGUCGAAGAAGACCAUCUUUACUAUCGGAAUUCCACCCUGGUACCGAAAGGCCUCCAGAGAGACGGCAUGGAUACGAACAGCAGUUUCACUCCAUCACUACUCAGUCGGAACAUGAAGCCCUGGAGACCAAGCGCCCACGCAUGGACUCUAUUUCUGAGGCCCACAUCACUCGUACCUCUUCUUCCGCUGGGAAUAUUCUCUUGCCCAUGCACAAUACACUACAGGAUAGCCUUAGAGCCACUGUUGAGGUGAAAAAGGAGUCGCCUUUCAGUGUGAAAGGGGAAUGCCCUUCCCCAGGAGGACCUACGUUACACCUCGGGGAAGAACAUGACGCGUCUCCUUCCAAGCUAUCCAAGGAGGAGCUGAUUCAGAGUAUGGACCGGGUGGACAGAGAGAUUGCUAAAGUGGAGCAGCAAAUUUUCAAGUUGAAGAAAAAGCAACAACAACUGGAGGAGGAAGCAGCAAAGCCUGUGGAGCCAGAAAAGCCAGUGACCCCUCCCCCAGUGGAACAUAAACACCGCAGCAUAGUCCAAAUCAUCUACGAUGAGAACAGGAAAAAAGCGGAAGAGGCCCACAAGAUACUGGAAGGCCUCGGACCCAAGGUUGAACUGCCGCUGUACAAUCAACCGUCAGACACAAAAGUCUACCACGAAAACAUAAAAACCAAUCAGGUCAUGAGGAAGAAGCUGAUUCUAUUUUUUAAGAGGCGGAACCAUGCCCGUAAACAAAGGGAACAGAAGAUCUGCCAACGUUAUGACCAGCUGAUGGAAGCUUGGGAGAAAAAGGUGGAGCGCAUGGAGAACAAUCCCAGGCGCAAAGCCAAGGAGAGCCGAACACGGGAGUAUUAUGAAAGGCAAUUCCCUGAGAUCCGGAAGCAGAGAGAGCAGCAGGAGCGCUUCCAGAGGGUCGGCCAGAGAGGAACAGGACUCUCUGCGACAAUCGCUAGAAGCGAGCAUGAGAUUUCGGAAAUUAUUGACGGUCUUUCUGAGCAGGAGAACAAUGAAAAACAGAUGAGACAGCUGUCAGUCAUCCCUCCCAUGAUGUACGACUCGGAGCAAAGGCGAGUGAAGUUCAUCAACAUGAACGGCUUGAUGGACGACCCCAUGAAGGUGUACAAAGCCCGACAGUUCAUGAACGUUUGGACUGAACACGAAAAAGAAAUCUUCAAAGACAAGUUUGUCCAGCACCCAAAGAACUUUGGCUUGAUCGCUUCCUAUCUGGAAAGAAAGUGUGUCGCUGACUGUGUGCUGUACUACUACUUGACCAAGAAGAACAACAAUUACAAGACGCUAGUGAGACGCAACUACGGGAGACGGAGGGGAAGGAACCAGCAAAUAACACGCCCCGCGCAAGAAGAGAAGUCCGAAGAUAAAACCGAAGAGGAAAAAUCGGAGAAGUCUGAGAAAAAAGAAGACGAAGAAAAGAAGGACGAGGAAGAGAAAGAUGAAAAGGAGGAGUCAAGGGACAUUGGCAAGGACAAAGACAAGUGUGACGGUGGGGAGGACGAGGACGGGAAGGAGCAAAACACGCCGCGUGGCAGGAAGACUGCCAACAGCCAGGGCCGACGUAAGGGAAGGAUCACCACACGCUCCAUGGCCAAUGAGGCUGCCACUAUGGCGGCGGAGGAAGCACCUCCCUCUGCUUCGGAGGCUGCCGUGCCAGAUCCUCCGCAGAUCCCUAAAUCUGACACAGCUCAGAAGUCCAUUAAGGAACCUAGCAAGCCGCCGACUUCAGUAGCGUCACUGGAUACAAAAGCUGGUGUUGGUGAAACUGGAGAAACUUCUCGCUGGACCGAGGAGGAAAUGGAGGUGGCCAAAAAAGGUUUAGUCGAGCAUGGGCGAAACUGGACGGCCAUCGCCAAAAUGGUGGGCACCAAAAGUGAGGCGCAGUGCAAAAACUUCUAUUUCAACUACAAGCGACGACACAAUCUGGAUAAUCUACUCCAGCAGCAUAAACAGGACACACGGCGGGCUCGUGCCGAUAGGUCUCAAGGUGAAGGUCUUACCACAGCUUCGCCUGAUGACGACGAUGACAAUGCAGACGACAGUGAAGGAGGCGACAAUAGCUCUGAUACAGAGAGUGCUCCUUCCCCCUCUCAAACGGACCCAACCAAGUCCGGUGAGAGCAAGAGAUCCGAAAAUGCUUCUGGAGAUGCUCAGAGUUCCGAUCAGGACACGGUCCCGGUCAGCAAUGCUAAAACCUCGGACCCUUCAUACGGAGGCCUGCGUGUCAAGGAAGAGAAAAGCCCAGAGGCUGAACUUGGUUCCCAUGAGGAAAAGAGCAGAACGUCCUGCUCUGGUGUGAUCCAUCCAAAAACGGAACCCUUCGAUAUGGACAUGAAAGCUGGAGAAGUUCAGGUUAAAAUGGAGCCCGAGACCAAGGAGAAAGGAGAACACAGCGAGAGGCCGAAGGAGCUCCACUCGGAUAAUGACUCCAGCGCCACCUGCAGCGCUGAUGAAGAUGUGGAAGCAGAGCCUGAAAGACAAAGAAUUCUUUCCAUGGAGAAGCCGUCUUUGCUCAACCCUCCCGGCACCGUCCUGGUGUCCUCACCCAAGCAAAGUCCGCACAACAUCCAGCAGAUGCAUCAGCGGGCAGCUGCCAUUCCACCAAUGGUGAUCACAUCAGAAGUAGGAAAUGUUCUCGUCAUGCUGCUUUUGCCAGAACAUUUCUUCUAUUUCUAUCACAAGGUACCUGGACCUUAUGGCCAUAAUCCAGUGCCCAUCAGUGGUUUUGCCAUGUUGCAACACCAGAUCAAAGCAGCCCACGCGUCCGCUCACCAGGAGGAGAAGCAACGGCAAGACCAGGCUGACCUGGAGCGCAGAUUGCCCUUCAAUACUCGUAGCCCAAGUCUGAUUGACAGAGAUGGUAAGCCCCUAACCUACAAUCCUUAUGACAUGAUGUUGGCACUGGACCAAGAUGCCCUUUUUGGUCGGCCAGGCUCUCCUUACAGACUGUCCCCCAGGAAUCUAAGCAAGUCCUCACCCCAACCUGACCCCAACAUCCCCAAUGCUUUCCGCUACAAUGUGCCGCCAGUCCUUCAUCCAGCCCCCAAUCAGCUGAUCCAGAGUCUGCCAGAGGGACCCCGGAUGGCUUUCGGCAGACCCAGUCGACCUCCUAACAUUCCCUCGCCGCCUCCUCUCAUUCCAACCACCAAACCCACCGACAAACCGUCCUUCAUUCACGGAGGCUCAAUAUCUCAGGGAACCCCGGGCACGUACCUGCCUUCGCAUGCCAUUUACGGGCCUGACGGGAGUAAGAACACAGUGGGCUCCAUCUCUUUGGGUCUGCCUCGGCACCAAGAUCCCAACAAGUCUGUUUCAACAAUACACGAUGGUAGAGGACAUCCAUCGAAAAUUUGUGAGAACCUCACUUUCAGAGGAUCAAUCACUCAGGGCACACCAGCCCUUUCCCAAUCAACUGUUGCUGCUGACCUGCUGAAGGGCACCAUCACAAAACUAGCCACCGAAGAUCUGAGUAACUCUGACAAGGCUCGGGACCAGCUGGCUAAAGGUCAUGUUAUUUAUGAAGGCAAGAGUGGUCACAUCCUCUCUUAUGAUGCCAUCAAAAACCCAAGGGAAACGACUCGUAGUCCCAGAACUAGCCAUGACUUGAAACGGACUUAUGAGAUGAUGGAGGUGCCCAUCAGCAGAGGCCACCCUGGUAGGGAAGGAGCUCCAUUUGAAGGUUUGAUUAGCAGAGCUUUGCCCAGAGAAGGCCUCCAUGGAGAUUCUAAAGACCGACAAAUAAUCACCGGCUCCAUCAUGCAAGGAACACCAAGAACUGCCGCAGAAGCAUACGAAGACGUUAUCAAAUACGGGAAACAGAUUAAACGAGAGAGCCCACCUAUCCGCUCCUUUGAUGGGGGGAUUGGCAAAGGAAAACCCUAUGAGGGAGUCAACACCAUUAAAGAGACUGGGCGCUCCAUUCAUGAAAUCCCUAGACAGGACCAGUCUGGCCAGGAUCUCAGGAAGACCCCUGACCUAUCGGACAGGAGAGUCAUAGAGGGUUCUAUGUCUCAGAUGCACUCUCUGAACCAGCCUACGAUCAAGCACAAUGUUAAGUCCCUAAUCACCAGUCCCAGUAAGCUCCCCCACAGCUUACCCCAACACGAGGUCAUGGAAAGAAGCAAGUACGAGGAGAGCAAAGCAGUGCGCCACACCUCGGUGGUUAACUCCACCACCUCGGUCCUGCGCUCCACACACCAGGAAGCUGCAAAAUCUCAGCUCAGCCCAGGCAUGUACGAGGACGCCAAUGCUCGUCGGACCCCUGUGAACUACAGCACCAGUUCUGUGAGCAGAGGUUCACCCAUGCUGGGGCGUUCGUCAGAUGGAACAAAAUCUAGUUCACAUGAAAGAAAGAACGCCAUGACACCCACUCAGAGAGAAAGUGUCCCAGCCAAGUCCCCAGUAGCGGGAGGGGACCCCAGGGCUUCUCACAGCCCCUUUGACCCUCACCACAGGCCGGUUGUUCCAGGCGAAGUCUACCGAGCCCACCUGCCUCCACACCUCGACCCCAGUAUUGCCUUCCACCGAGUGAUUGAUCCUGCCUUCAUGUUUCCCAGGCAACCGUCUCCAACUGGCUACCACAACACAUACCAGCUCUACACCAUGGAGAACACGCGGCAGACCAUCCUCAACGAUUACAUCACUUCUCAGCAGAUGCAAGUCAUCCCUCGGCCCGACAUGGCCCGUGGGGUGUCGCCGCGGGAACAACCUGUGUCUAUCCCGUACCCAGCCGGAGCUCGAGGGAUAAUUGAUCUAGCCCAGAUGCCUCCAACUAUCCUGUUGCCUCACCCCGGGGGAACAGGUACUCCCACUUUGGAACGCAUCGCCUACCUCCCUGGAGCUCAGCCCCCUUUCACUACUAGGGCUUUCAACCCAACCUCCAUAUCGCCAGGUCACCAAGCCCACCUGGCUGCUGCAGCCGCCGCUGCCGCGAGUGUGGAGAGGGAGCGAGAACGUGACCGUGAGCAACAGGAGAAGGAACGGGAGAAAGAAAGGGAGCAGCGGGAUCGAGAAAUGCGCGAACGGGAUCGGGAAAGAGAGCGAGCCAACGAUUAUAUUCGCGGGAGUGGAGUUGAGCAACCAGGCCGACCAGGAAGCCGAGGCUAUCGGCACUCUCCUUCCCCUUCACUCAGAAUGCAGGAAGUGGUUGUUCAGCAGCGACCGAGCAUCUUUCAGGGCAAGAGUGUCAUCACGUCUCUAAUGCCACAUUCAGCGGCGGCAACAGCAGCGGCCCAGAGUAACUCUCGCUACAGUACGGCAGCUGACGCACUCGCUGCUUUGGUGGAUAUCGCAGCCUCGGCCCCACCCGUGGACGUGUCCAAAGCCAAGGAGAACAAACGGGACGAGCGCGAUGACGAAAUGUCUUCAGCGGCUCGGCGAGCACCGAGCAUCACGGAACAGCAACAGGAGCCCGACAGGCGAUCGGCACCGUACGGUGCUAUGCCAGGAGGGAAGUCCCCCUCGGGGUACCCCGAGGGGGUUGGCGUUAAGGAGAAAGGGCCGCAAACCUCAAAGUCCCGCAUUGAGGAAGAGCUUCGAACCCGUGGAAAAACAACCAUCACGGCGGCUAACUUCAUCGACGUCAUCAUCACCCGACAAAUCGCCUCGGAAAAAGACACCAGAGAGCGAGGCUCUCAGAGCUCCGACUCCUCAAGUAGCUUCUCCUCAAACCGAUACGACAAUACUGGUGGUGGAACCAUUGAAGUGAUAAGCCCUGCUAGUUCCCCAGUCCAUUCCCAACAGGAGAAAACGGACGAGGGGCAGCACACAGCAGCUGCCAUGCGGGUUUACGACAUGAGUCGAUACCGGCCUUCGGCAGAUCCGCCCCAGCCCAGUUCACAGCAGCCCCCUACGUCCCAGGCUGACAGCUAUUCUCAAAUCCCCAAGACGCAUCGGGUCAUGACCUUGGCAGACCACAUUUCGCAUAUUAUAACCCAGGACUUUGCUCGCAAUCAAGACCCUCCUGCAGUUUCCUCGUCAGCCUCUGCCACAUUCCAGAGCACGAUGCCACUCGCGUCUUCGUCGAGUCGAGUCAAGGGUCCCAGCCGCUACAGCCCUGAAAAUCAAAUCCAGCCACCAAACCAUCACCGUCCCUCCAGCAGGGUUUCUCCGGAGAACACUGCAGACAAACCCAGAUCCAGACCUGGUAAGUCUCCAGAGAGAGGUGGCAGACAGAUGGAGAACUACGAACCCAUCUCACCGCCACAGAGCUACCAAACCAUGGAUAAGCAGGAGACCGGUGGGCCUGCACCGCAAAGGCGAGAGACGGAUACGUCCGAGAUCAGGAAUGACUCACGGUCCCCUGGCAGUGUCAGUUACCUGCCCUCCUUCUUCACCAAACUAGAGAACACUUCACCUAUGGUGAAAUCCAAAAAGCAGGAGAUCUUUCGUAAGUUGAACUCCACAUCUGGUGUUGGUGAUUCUGACGUUGGAAAUGCUCAGCCAGGCACAGAGAUUUUCAACUUGCCUGCUGUUACCAGCUCCAGCAACAUCAACCCUCGGAACCACUCCUUCAGUGACCCCGCCAAUAACUUGGGCCUAGAAGACAUCAUCCGUAAAGCCUUAAUGAGUAACUUGGAGGACCGAACGGAGGAGCACCAAGGUGCCAUCAGCAACGCAUCCAACACGAGCGGUGACACCCGCCAGGAGGCCAAUCCUUCGCCGAGCAUAGCGAAACAGAAGCAGGGCAAAGCAAACAGCCGUAAAUCGAAGUCUCCUAACCUGGGUCAGGCCUAUUCGGGAGGGGAUCGCCCCUCCUCUGUGUCCUCCGUACACUCCGAGGGAGACUAUCACAGACAAGCACAAGCCCAAUCGCAAUGGAGUUGGGAUGACCGACCCUCCUCGGCAGGGUCCAUGCAGUUCCCUUACAACCCGUUGACCAUGCGCAUAAUGAGCAGCACGCCACCCACGUCAAUAUCUUCCCCCUCCAUUCAGAGCCAGCAGCAGCAGCAGCAGCAGCAGCAGCAGCAGCCGCUUUCUGCUGGAGCUCCAGUGGGCCAACAGCGCGUGUGGCAGUCUCUGCUGUCAGAGCAAUACGAGGCCCUGUCGGACAGCGAUGACUGAGGCUGGUCCGCAAGAAGGGAUUAAGAGAGACCCAGGAUAUGAGGUAGAUCUCUUCCAACCCCUCCCAAGACACCAAAGUGACAAGUCGACAGAAUGGUGUCCGGUUUCUUUUCUGGUGCUUCAGCGCCCCCAAGCGGAAAGUGAGUGUACAAGCAAGCCGACGAUGGACUGGACCCUCCCAAACGAGCGUUUUGGUUUGGAAGCCUCCAGCCUCGUGCGGAACUAAACCCGACUAAGGGGAUGACUUGUGAUAUAGUGAAGCUGAAAUGUAAAAAGAGACUUUGUUUAAUUUCUGUAAAGCUAUAACUCAUCUUCAAGAAAAAUCAUUGUAUGUAAAUAGAAUAACCUUUUUGCAGUGUUUUUCUUAACUUGAUUAUUUCUUAUUUUAAUGUUGCUUUUAAAUGGAUCCAUUCUAAUGCAAAGUGAAGGUGUGUUAUCUUUACUGCCCCCCCCCCCCCUCCUCCAUCCCGCUCCUUCCCCAAACAGCGGCCACCUUAAUGUGUGAUUUCUUGCCUCGUGAGACACAACUGAGGUGGGCAUGGUAGACAUAAAAGAAAAAUCUAUUGCUCAAAUUUAAAAUAAUUUUGGUUGUGUUCACACUGUGCACAUGUGUGAUUUUCGACAAAAAUGUGGAUGAAGGUCAUCUCCCCUGACUGCAUCCGUGACAGGGAAACGUCUCGAAGGCAACUCGCGAACACUGGUGUCGGAAAAAAUAAAAUAUAGUUGAGAGUGGCAACAUGAUGCUCGUUCUGCCGUUUUCCAUCAUGUUCCAAAUGUUCUCUAAAAUUUUGUCACAGCUAUGAAUCGGUCUUGAAUCAUCAGUUUUGUUUCCUCCCCAUAUUUUUUUUUUUUUUUUAAAUGUUUUUGCCAUGCCUUGUGACUUGAGAAAAAAAAAAGGCAGCUUUAACUAAUUUUCUCAGAGGUAUUCUUCAGUGUUUGAUAUUUGUAUUUGUUUCUCUAGUACCUUUUUUUUUUAAAUACUUCUCAGAAACAAUCCAAACGAUAGAAUGUCUUUCCAAAUUCUGACCCACUUUACCAAACAUUUUGGUCUGUGCCAUUUUGCACUUUUUGCUUCAUAUCUAUUGAUAACAAAAGGUGUAGUACUUGAGUAAUUGGUAAUACUCGACAGCGUGCUUUUUUUUUUUUUUUGCUCAACACCAUUCGCAGACCUUUUGUGUGUUAGUUGCUUCAGCAUUCUGGGAUCUUCACGUUGUAGUUUUACAUGCUACCAUAUUAUUAUUGAGAUUUCAAACUAUGGCAGUUCUAUUUCCAUUGUGUUAAAUAACAGGUAUAUAAUUAAACUAUCAACACCGCAGUGUCACCUUCAAUUGUCACUUGGCUGUUUUUCCAUCUUUGUUGUUCUUGUAUCCGGUUCAUCAAGUUUUUCAAUUAUUUGUCCCAGAAUAUGUUCAGAUGGUUGUUUUUUUUUCUGACAGUUCCCCAUUUUUGUUUUGUUUUGUGUCCUGUUUAGAUGGGAUGGUUGCUGUUUACAAAGGAAAUGGCAGAAAAUGUUUACAAACUUGAAUUUGAAAAGAAAGAUGACUUGAAGCCGAAAAAGAAUUAGUGUCUUUUCAAGCUAGAAAUCCCGUGUGACUUUUUUUUUUUUUUUGUCUUUUAAAUUCAAACUUGAAAACGUAUCCACUUUGAUGUUGAAAUGCAAUGAUUGUAUGGCACAAUGUCUUUCAGUUGGCUAUUACGGGAGUUCAGACCAAUCAAAUAAAGUGGUUAUUUUUUUUUC